UUUUCCUUUUUUUCCUUUUUGCAGGAAUCUGGAUUUCCUUCUUCUGAGAAAAUGAUCCCCCCUCUGUUGCUGUCAUUGCUGGGAAUCUUGGUUUCUUUGCAAGGGGGCCAUUGUCUCCUUCCUCCUAGUGAGCUUCAGCAAAUGUCUGCAAAAGGAAGCCAGUACAUUGACAAAGAGCUGGAGAAUGCCAUCAAUGGAGUCCGACAAAUGAAGCUACUGAUGGAGCAGACGAGCAAUGACCACCAGGAUAUCUUGAAUAACUUGGAAGACAUAAAGAAGAAGAAGGAGGAGGCUCUUCUCCUGGCGAAGGAUAUGGAGAAGCAACUGAAUGAACAGGAAGUGUGCAAUGACACUAUGUUGGCCCUCUGGGAGGAAUGCAAGCCGUGCCUGAAGCAGACCUGCAUGAAGUUUUAUACCCGGACGUGCCACAGCGGUGCUGGGCUGGUUGGCAGGCAGCUGGAAGAGUUCCUGAACCACUCUUCCCCCUUCUCCAUCUGGGUGAAUGGGGAGCGCAUUGACUCCUUGAUGGACAUGGAUGAAGAACAGGGCCGGAAGCUGGAUGACCUCGAGGAGCGCUACAGUCUGGUGGAAGAUGGUGUGGAUGACCUCUUCCAAGAGAGCACUCAGGCCUAUGGGCAGCUGUCCCCCUUCUUCCAGUCGCCAUUUGGUGGUUUCCAGGAUGCCUUCUGGGCCCCCAUCCGCAGCAUCCGUAUCCCGUUUACCCAUUCCCGUAUUGCCAGGAACGUGCACUCCUUCCCCCACUUCCCCAGCUAUUACCGCCCACAUCAAGAUUUCCACCAGCUUUUCCAACCGUUCUAUGAGAUGACCCAACGUCUCUUUGAGGGAGCUCGGAAAGCUUUGGACCGCCCAGGUCUAGAAGGAAUCCCUGCGUUUUCUUUCGAGCAUUUCCCAACAGCAACUCCUGGUCACAAUGACAACCGAAUGGUGUGCCGUGAGAUCCGUCGCAAUUCUGCUGGCUGCCUGAAAAUGAAGGAAAAAUGUGAGAAAUGCCAGGCAAUCCUGGCUGUAGAUUGCUCCCAGAUGGACCCAGAUCAGGGGAAAUACAAGGAACGCUUUGAAGAUGCUCUGCGAUUGGCCGAACGAUUUACCCGUAGAUACGAUGAAAUCCUCAAGGCGUUCCAGGAAGAAAUGCUCAACACCACCGCUAUCCUGGAUCAGCUCAACCGGCAGUUUGGUUGGGUAUCUCAGCUAGCCAACGCCACUCGGAAUGACAGUCUUCUGAAGGUUAUCACGGUGAUGGCUAAAUCUUCCAAUCCAGAAGACCCAUCCAAAUCUCCUGACACUCAGGUGACUGUCCAACUCUUUGAUUCUGAACCCAUCUCCCUGAUUGUGCCAGGAGAUAUCACUAGGAACGAUGACAGAUUCAUGGAUCUGGUGGCCCGGGAGGCCCUGCGCGAUUACAAGGGCAAUGAAGUAGAGUAACUCUGCCUGCAUCCUGGGACUCAGGCCAUGACAAGGGAGAGCGAGAGAAGCCAUGGCCCCUUCGGCCUUCCCGCCCUUCUGCCUCAGUGCUCUCACAGUGCUGCAAGGGAGCAUCGCCCACCAAGCCCCACCGGUCCGCCUUUGUAGUUUACACUGUACCGCCUGCCCUGUUUUUGCUGCUGGGUCAUUACUGAUGCGCAAAAUGAAAUAAAAGAUUCUAGGCCCAA